UCUGAUCAACUUUCUUGGAAUAAAAUCAUAUGGAACUUAGAUUUGGCAAGUAUGCAGUGGUCUUUUAAAUUCAAAAAACAAUUUUCGACUCACUAUUUUUACACAUCUAGUUGCUGGAUCGGUAGUUGCUUUGUUGCACUUUCCAAUGACAGGUACUUCAAAAGUAUCAAAACGUGGAUUCAUAAUUCGACUGACAAUAAAUGGAGAUUGAUAUCAAAUUUAUUGGUAAAAGGGCGUGAGUCAAUGUCUUUUGUAGCUGUUAAUGACACUACUGCUAUCUUAUUUGGUGGAGACAACUUGAAAACUUUUAGCAAUGAAACGUGGAUAAUGCACCUUAAACCAGUGUUUAGGUGGAGACAAGUUGCCGGAGACAUGGUGCAUUCCGUCCGACCUACCGCAAGAGUGUAUCACGCAGCUGUCAUGAUGCAGUCCAAAAUGUAUGUGUUUGGUGGACGAGAUGUUUCCUCGCCAUGUUUAAAUGAUCUCUGGAUGUUUGACGUCAAAACAGAAAGAUGGUCAGAAGUGACAGCUGACAAUAUAGGACCUAAUUUCUCGAAUGCUUGGGGGUGCUCUUAUUCUGCUGUCUCAACACCAGGCCAACUGCUAAUCAAUGUAAUGAUGUACAUUAACCAGAAUGCUAGUAACAACGGUUUCCUACUAGAAACAUGGAUGUUUCUUGUAGACGCCAAAAUUUGGCAAUUCGUUACAGCAUUGUAUCCAAAAUUCUAUUUUUUACAAAAUGUAAAGUCAUUCAAAUCUUUCUAUUGGAGAGGAUUUCUUGUCGUUUUCAACUUCUUACAAAAGAACAUCAAGUAUUUAACGGUCAGGUGUCCAGCUGGAUUUACCUCACCUAACAUAUCCGACAAACCUUGCACUUUCUGCAAAAAAGGAUAUUAUAGAGAAAUGGAAUUUGCUGAUCCAGACUGUACUCCGUGCCCAAACGGCCUAACGACCGUCAUCAUUGGAGCUCGCAAAAUCGAAGAGUGUACUGUGUGCAAUGUAGAUCAAUGCAAAUACGGAAAGUGUGUAGCUGAUUUUAGCAAAGAAGGUCUACGACCAGCCUGUCAAUGUUACGUCGGCUUCACCGGUUCUAUAUGCCAAUAUCCUACCUACUUUCUCAUAGGAGCAGGAAUCAUUCUAUUCGUUGCUGUAGCUACCGCUGGCGUUACAGCUUAUCUUUUAGUACUAAACAGAAAAAGGAAAAGCGAGCAUGAUUGGAAUAAAAAAGUAACCGUGUUAACCAACGUAUGGCAAAUAGAUGAAGACGAAGUGACGUCAGGAGAACUACUUGGAUCUGGUGCAUCUGGAUCCGUUUACAAAGGAUCCUACAGAGAUAUCACUGUAGCUGUAAAGAAAAUGGUGGCUGUCGGUCUUCCCAAAUCUAUAGAAGACUUCGAAAUGGAGAUAAUGUUUAUGAGAACUGUAAGACACAAGAAUAUCGUUCUCUUCAUUGGUGCAGGAAAGUCACAACCAGGAGACGUUCCUUUCCUUGUCAUGGAAUAUAUGGAGCGAGGAUCUCUACGAAAUGUACUAUACGAUUUAUCGAUUGAUAUCGACUAUAACCGUAAGCUAUCAUUUGCAAUGGAUUCAGCAAGAGGUAUGCAUUUUCUUCACACUUUGGAACCGCCUCGAAUACAUCGAGAUUUGAAAAGCGACAAUCUUCUGGUAAGCAAAGACUGGACUGUUAGAGUGGCUGAUUUUGGUUUAGGAAGGGACGUUUCCAGUAUCGUCAAAAGAAAUGAACAAUAUAGUGGACGCAGAUGUCCCUCGGAUCAAGAACAUAUUUCUCUUCUUCCCAAACGAGAUGACUUGUCAUAUACAGGUGUCGGAACAGAGAGAUGGCGAGCUCCAGAAUUGACUCUUCGAGAACCAUACGACAUCUCAGUAGACUUGUACAGUUUUGGAAUUGUGUUGUGGGAGAUCUGGACAAGACAGCUUCCAUUCAAUCAUUACAGUUUUAACUUUCAAGUAAGUGAUGCCGUGCUUAGAAAUGAAAGACCUGAAAUUCCUCGAGAUUGUCCACAACCGUUGGCAAUGAUCAUGAAAAAUUGCUGGUCAUCCAAACCAUCAGACAGACUUUCGUUUGACCAAGUGUUUUCACAACUUGAAUAUCUAGAUACCAUCUAGAUAACAUACAGUAUUGCAAUUCAGAAGCAGAAUGCGUUAGUUGCUAGAAAACAAUGCGUGUAUGGUUAUGA